AUGACCGAUCACCCUGAGACCCAAGCGUCCAACACUGGACAAGAAGACAGCAAUAAAGCCACUUCAACCGCCAGUCACCCUACCACUAAAGAGGAAUACCUGAGCAAAUUCCAACAGGCAACCGACGAUUUUAUCGCAAAAAACCCUGAACUUGCUUCCAGCCCCGCCUUUACUCCCUCCACCUACAUUCCUGGCAUUGAAUUCAUAGUUGACUGCCAGGAGUAUCUCGACGCCAAAGGCAAUGAGCGCUUUACCGCAGCCAUGCGCCGGUACACAGGCCAUGACGGGUUGCCUCCCCCGGCAGAUGGAUCUAGCGUCUUUGAUGAGGUUCGGGCCGAGUGUCGGACUCUGCUCGAGGGCCGAGCAGACUUGCAGGCGCGGUGGGAUGAGGUUUUUGGGGAUCGGGAGGUGUGGCGGAAGCUCCACGACGCUGUAAAGCAGGGGAAGGGGGGAGAGGAUGCUAAGGUUGGUGCUUCAGAGUAG